AAAAUGAGCGCUGCUUUGUCCAGUCCUCAUAAACCUGAGAUCGCAAUCAAAACUUAUUAUAGUCCGGAGUUCAUAUGCCAACUUCAGGAUGUUGCAAAGCGUAUCCCCCAGUUGAAAAAGACCGGCGACAACUUCAGUAUAUGGGAAAAACGACUAAAGAUUAUGAUAAGGAAUCUCACUGGGUCAUCUGACUACCUCCUACACGAGUUCCACAAGCACGACCCAAAAUUAAACCAAGCAGUCUUUGACUUGAUAAUGUGGUCGAUCGACGACGAACUCCUCGAGCACUGUAACAUGGAUGGGUCUGCAGGUGACGCCUUUCAAGUCUUAGCGGGGCGAUUCCAAUCAAAACCGUCGGCUCGAUGUAUCAUCAAUCGUGCUGAUUUUCCAGAGGAAAUCCUAGACAACAUCGUGAACAUGGUUUACUACCAGUCUGCUCAAGAGCAUAUCUCUAUCACAAAAAGGAAAUCCGAGCGUGUAUCCCACUUCCCGCUAAUGAAGAAAGCUUAUAUGAAACUUCACGUAUACCUUGGUCACAGUGGUCCUCCAGUUCUCAAUUCUAUUCAAAACCUUGCGGUGGUCAAUCGAAAGUUUUAUAGGCUGUGUCUUCCUAAGUUAUGGCAGAAAGUCGCAUUCCCAACUUCGCUGCCCGCUCCCAUGUCGCUUUGGACGGGCAAUUUACUCUUGAAACACGGAAACUUAGUAAAGUCGGCCGAAUUCGACUUGGAAGAUGUAAAUGCUUAUCAGGAUGCUUAUCAGGAUGGUCAUCAGGAGGUCUGCCCAGCUCUAGAGUCGGUAUCGCUGUCUCUUCCACCAAGUGAACCUCAAUCUGAAUGGCUAUCAACUCUCAGAUUCCGUUUGAAAAGUGCAUUUAAGCUUCUCCCUUCACUCCAACAUUUGGACUUAAGUAACGAGGGAUAUGUAGGCCGUUCAGGCGACUUUAUAAUUGACAUCAUCAAAAAAACACCAUCACUUACCUCGUUAGUAUUGACCGACUUCAAAUUUGCAGCGAAAGAAUCUGAAGAAGAGUCCUUGGGAUGGAAUCUGGCCCAGCUUCAGAAGCUUCGCAAACUAGAACUUCAUUCUAUCACCUGCGAGGAUCAAACGUGGACCUCGGAAACUUGGACCAAACCGCUCACAAACCUUGAACUCGACUGUUGUGAAGGACUCACACCUGACAUGAUGCACAGAUUGCUAAGCGGUAGAACCCCCUUUCUGACUGAACUUAAUAUUGAGUUUCAUGAGUUAGGCGAGGACGAUGUCAACAUUCGGUUUGAUCUCCCAGCUCUCAAAACCCUCAUUCUAUAUCUUUACGAAAUCCCCGAUCUACUUUUAUUAGUAAGCUUUGUAAACUGUAAAAGUAUAGAAGUCCUCAAAUAUAAUGGUGAUAUUUAUGAUACUCAAUGGGACUCAAUGAAAAACCUCAUAUCUCAACAUGCUUGGCCUAAGCUAUCUGUUUUGGAUCUACAUCGCGCGACCUUUCAUGAUGGCUAUGCACGACCAAUGACCGCGGAAGAAAUGGAAAAAGAAUUCAAAAUGUUCAACAUCAAAGUGCUGAUGCAAAAGUGUCGAAAAUGA